GAAAGCUGAGGAUUGGAGAAGAGGCAGGGAGAGGAGUGUAUGUACAGUAGUUUGAGUUGAGACUCUUAUGUCUCUAUUCUCACUCAAUUAAACAUCUGACCACUUACCUCAAGCUUAAAUCAAGUUAGAAAACCUAUUGCAGACUUUUUAAUCUGGACAUACAGCACACCGCUGUGGUUAGGAGGAUAUAUCAAUGGAUACUGUAAUAGCAGUAUCUCUGGCAAUAUGCUCCCAUUUCACUAAUGAGCACAUGGAAACUGUACAACAUAGGAAGGUGUACAGUGAUCAUGGAGGCCAAUGAGAGAAUGGAAACAAAGCAAGACUGCAUCUACUCCAAUGUCAACAGGCUAAAGAAAGGCUGUCUCGGUGGAAGAAGUGGUUUCCAUAUUGCUUCAGUGGAAAACAAGGGAGCUGGGCAAAGAAGAGAGGUUGUGGCAAAACUUCCCUUCACCCCAUUAGACAACCUGAAUAACCAGAGGGAAGAAUCGCCUAUGAUGGCUCACUGGAAGCCAAACUUUGACCCUCAUGGCAAUGAGAACACUCUCUUGGUAGGCAACAAGCUCACCAGAUCCAAUGGAGGCAACAUUAAGGACAAAAUUUCUCUGUGGGAGGAAAAGGAACCGACUCAUUUACCAAUUACCUCAGGUCCUUCAGGUCAGUGGACUACUGUAAAAAGGGCAGAAUCCCUGACAAAAAGCAACAAUAAAACUACUGACGAGCUGAGCGCAGAAAGUUGCAGGAGAGUGGCCCAUAAGGAAAAGGAAAAUUUUGGGAAAGAGACUGUAGGAAAACAUGGGGAUUCAAGGCCUUGUUCACCUUUUGAAACUGGGAAACAGCUAACAGGGACGCUCAAGAACAGUAAGGCCUAUGAAAAUCAAAGAAAGGAGGAUUGUAAAAGAGUAGUUCAUCCAGAAAAGCAAGAUUAUGAGAACGAGAAUGUAGAAAAACUUGGAGAUUCAAGGCCGUGUUCACCUAUGGUGGCAGUGCAGCAGCAGGUGGGGAUGUUGAGGAAAACCACUGACAAGAGAGCAGCAGAACAAACCAGUCAGGAGAAGAAAGCGGUGUUCACUCUCUUUAAAAAACUGGAGGCUAUGGGGGAGAACCAUGGGAAAACACCUCCAGAGCUCGGAAAUUACUUCAGCCCACUGGGUAAGGAAAAACAGGUAGAGGUGCAGAAGAAAGAAUCUGAAGCUAUCAGUCAGAGUGGUGCAGUGAAGUCCACUGGGUCCAAAGAAGGGAAGGAGCACAAGGAGAAUGUGUACACAGAGCCGGGUGCACUCCCCAUCAACCCGGUCCCUAAACCCAGACGUACCUUCCAGCAUUCAGCUGUCGUCCCCAUGGAGAAGAGUCAGAGGCAAGGGAGAGGACAGAGGAAUCUCCCUCCACUGCCCUCCAUAUCCACCAGACCCUCCUCAAAACUUCCUUCUGGUGUCUAUGGAAGACCCAGGGGUGAGAUAGUCCGAGACAACAUCAAGAGGAAAUCCUUUGAGUUUGAAGACCUUGCAGAGUCGACUAGCUCGCUCUUCUCUCGUUCACUAUCUCAGGAUCAUCAUUAUGAAGACAUCCUGGAUUCGCCAAAGGAGAACCCGUAUGAGGACAUAGAGUUGGAGAGUCAGUGCUCCCAGCAGUCUCUGCCUUCCUCUCCUGGCGCUGAUACCACCAAGGCCUCAAGGCCUGGCUUCUUCAGGCAGAAUUCCGGCAGGAGCUUUAAGUUGCUAGACCUGCGGAGAAAUAGCCAGCAAACCCACAGUACCAGCAGUGGGGGCAUUUCAUCUCCACCCCAGCUCAGCCCUCCCUCCACCCCCACUGGUCCUGAACACACUACCUGGAUGCCUGGGGAUCCCUGCAGCCGCACCUGCCGCAGGAUACCUACAGUUGUAUUGAGAAUCAAUAGCAUCUUUGAAGCUCGAAUCAGAAAGAAACAUCUACGGAGGAUCUACCAUUAUGCUGAGACAAGCUCAGGAAGAGUAACCGAUGAGAACAGUGACUCUGAGAGUGAAGUUGAAGAAAGAGCAAAAGCUCACCGUCAGCGCCUCGUGUCAGUUCAGUCCAUACUGAGCCAGUCAAGUCAGACCCAGGUCCACUAUAAUGGUACCAACAACAGAAACAGCUCUCUGGAACAGGAGCUCCACCAGCGCAAACUUUUUGAAUAUUUCCUGGUUGUGUCACUGCAGAAGUCGAAGGCCGGUGCCCACUAUCUGCCGGAGGUCACACAGCAGUUCCCCCCUAAGUUGGAGCGCAGCUUCAAGUUCAUGAGGGAGACAGAGGAUCAGCUGAGGAUCAUUCCUCAGUUCUGUUUCCCUGAUGCUAAAGACUGGGAGUUGGUGGAGAACUACCCGAGUGAGAUGUUCUCCUUUGUUUUGACUGGAGAGGAUGGGAGCAGGAGGUUUGGAUACUGCCGGCGUUUACUGCCCAGUGGAAAAGGUAAACGUCUACCAGAGGUCUAUUGUAUCGUCAGUCACCUUGGCUGUUUCAACCUGUUCUCCAAGGUGUUGGAUGAGGUGGAGAGGCGGAGGGCUCUGUCUCCAGCCUUGGUACAGCCCUUCAUGAGAGCCAUCAUGGAGGCCCAGUUUCCAGCCCCAGGCAGAACCAUCACCAUCAAAACUUUUCUUCCUGGCUCGGGUACUGAAGUGAUGGAGCUCUGUCGACCCUCUGACUCACGCCUGGAGCAUGUGGACUUUGAAUGUCUGUUCUCCUGUUUGAGUUUGCGGCUGCUGCUCCGGGUGUUCGGUUCUCUGCUGCUGGAGCGGAGGGUCAUCUUCACUGCCGACAAACUCAGUACUCUCUCCCAGUGCUGCCAUGCGGUGGUGGCACUGCUUUACCCCUUUGUAUGGCAGCACACUUACAUUCCCGUGCUGCCCUCGGCUAUGCUCGACAUCGUCUGCACCCCGACCCCAUUCAUCGUCGGCCUGUUGUCCAGCUCCCUGCCCCAGCUCACUGAACUGCCCCUGGAGGAGGUUCUGGUUGUGGAUCUAGGAAACAGUCGAUUUCUUAGACAGUUGGAUGAUGAGGACACCAUCCUGCCCUCCAAGCUUCAAUCAGCCCUGGAGAACGUUCUAGAGAGGAGGAGAGAGCUUGCUACUGAGAGAGGAGGAGACACACCCAGUGACUCUGGACAUCUUAGCACCGUUGUGUCCGAGGCCUUUGUCCGUUUCUUUGUGGAGCUGGUAGGCCACUAUCCGCUCUUCAUCAUCGGUGAACGGGAAGAUGGCUACUCCUCCUCGUCCUCCUCCCCAGUCCCCUGCUCUUUCCAGCGGGAUGGUUUUCGUAAAGCGAUCCCAUCUAAGACUGUGCGUCGCUUCCUGGAGAUCUUCAUGGAGACCCAGAUGUUUGGCUGGUUCAUCCAGGAGAGGGAGCUCCACAGGCAGGCUCUGAGAGGACUGUUUGAAGUGAGGGUGCAGGAGUAUCUAGACUGUAUCCAUGAGAAUGAACAUCGAAGGGUUAACAGGUUUCUCAAAGGCUUGGGAAACAAAAUGAAAUUCCUUUCCAAGAAAUAAUGCAACUAUAAUUAUGAAACAAGCCUCCAAGACUUAAAGGACUGCAGAAAUCCGACAAAAGAAAUUUUCUUUUCAGUGCUUUUUCAGAGACGCUUGCCAAUGUCAUCCUCAUCCUCAUCUGUUUCAAUGAGUGAGACUGUGGGUUUUGCUCCAGGACUCAUGAUAGAAGGAGGGUGGCUGUUGCUAAUCACAAAUUGUUCCUACCAAAGGAAGAUGUUGCUGUAGUUCACAUAAAGGAAGGAACUUUGGACUGUGGACUCACAGAUGAUUAAAUGCCUUAGACAACAGCAUUCAUUAGCACAAAUAACACAGUGUACAAUAUACAAAUAACGUUGGUGUUAAGAUUAUUUCUGUAAACUAUAUAUUUUUGACAAUCAAUUAAAGGGUAAACCUGAAUAAAUAAGGGUAAAAAACCUUUUGAAUCUAGCUGCGUCUAUACAGGGCGUGGUUUGAUAAGCAUGAAAAUGAGGUGAAUUGAAAGUUCAUGGUCAUGGUAUUUUCUGAAUCCACUAGGGGGCAGUAGCAUAUUUUCUCUGAUUAGAUGAUCUUGAUGCUGACAGUGACUAACUAGACAAUGACACAAACCUUGCUUUUUAUUGUUUAAAUUUUCUUUUAGUCAUAACAGUGACAACGUCACAAAUGCUUUGAUUCUGACAAGUAAAUUAAUAUUCUCUGUUUGCUGUUUUUAAGCUCUGAGUUAUUGUCGUGAUGUUGUCAUGUUUUCUUUUUCCCGUCAAAACUGAUCUCCAGGUCUAAUAUAAUUAUUGCAUUGCAUUCUUAUAGAGUUUGGUUGUCAUUUUUCUAACCUUUGUAAAUCACUAUUCCUACCAUCC